CGCGAGGGAGGGGCGGGCGGAAGAGGAGAGCGGCUGGGGAGAUCAGGGCCAGGCGCCGCGUGUGGCGUGUUGUGGAGUCAGGCAGGCAGGCGGCAUGGCGGACCCUGGCGGCGGGGAAGAGACCCUGGCGGCGGGGUCAGGGGCCCUCCUGCUCGUGUCAGGCGGCGGCGCGGAGGAGAUCGUGGAAGUGGUGGACCUGGAGCCGCCGGGGCCCGAUGAUCUGGCUGAUGAGAUGGAAGAUGUGGACCUCGACGAAGAGCAGGGCGCUUGGGUGACUGAGGAGGAAGAUGAGGGAGUGGAGGAGGGCAUGGAGGCCCAAGAUGACAGUGAGGUCACCUUCUCAAAACAUACUGCUUCUGUUUUCUGUGUCAGCCUUGAUCCCAAGACCAACACGCUGGCAGUGACGGGUGGUGAAGACGACAAGGCCUUUGUGUGGCGCCUCAGUGAUGGAGAACUCCUUUUUGAAUGCUCAGGUCACAAAGACUCUGUCACAUGUACUGGGUUUAGCCAUGACUCCACCUUUGUGGCCACAGGUGACAUGAGUGGAUUGAUCAAAGUCUGGCGGGUGGACACCAAAGAGGAGAUCUGGUCUUUCGAAGUUGGUGACUUGGAGUGGAUGGAGUGGCACCCCCAAUCCCAUGUCCUCCUGGCUGGAACAGCAGAUGGCAACUCCUGGAUGUGGAAGAUCCCCAGUGGGGAAUGCAAGACGUUCCAAGGGCCAAACUGCCCUGCUACCUGUGGACGUGUCCUUUCUGAUGGAAAGAGAGCUGUGGUCGGCUAUGAAGAUGGGACAGUCCGCAUCUGGGAUCUGAAGCAGGGAAGCCCACUACAUGUCCUUAAAGGUCAGGAUGGACAUCAGGGCCCUUUGACGUGUGUGGCCAGCAAUAAGGAUGGCAGCCUAAUCCUGACAGGUUCUGUUGAUUGCCAUGCCAAACUGGUGAACUCUGCAACCGGCAAGGUUGUGUCUGUCUUCAAGGCAGAGAGCAUUGUCCCCAAGACCUCAUCAGGAGAGACUGAGGAAGCUGAAUCCAACUCAGUGGAGUCGCUGGGUUUCUGCAAUGUGAUGCCACUGGCAGCUGUUGGCUAUUUAGAUGGGACCUUGGCCAUUUAUGACCUUGUUACACAGACCUUAAGACACAAGUGCCAGCAUGAGUCAGGGAUUGUACAGCUUCUGUGGGAGGACAGCUCACCUGUGGUUUAUACCUGCAGCCUGGAUGGCGCUGUGUCCCUCUGGGAUGCACGUUCAGGCAAGUUGAUCAGUGAGUACCGGGGCCACUCAGCAGAAAUCCUGGACUUCGCUUUGAACAAAGAUGCUUCUAUUGUAGUUACUACUUCCGGCGAUCACCAGGCCAAGGUGUUCUGUGUGCAGCGCCCAGAUCGCUAACAGAGCUUCACUCAGCAGAGAAUGACGCUGUGGAGAGACAGGACAAUGUGGAUGCAGGCAGCCAGGCCCACAGGACUGUGACAGGGCUGACAUAAUCAUGUCUUUGGGGGGAACCUUACUAUUUUUUCCUUUGAGGGGAAAGUUUUGCCAUCUUGUCCCCUCAUGGUACCAGAUCUAAUUGCUUGAGUUUUUUAAUUGUGCUGCAGACCUGGCGCUUUGCUGAGCUACAAAGCUGAGAAGACGCUUAAUGCAUAUGGACUGUUGGUCAGCAUGAUUGUGGGGGAGAAGGUGUGGUAUGUCUUUAAAAAAAAAACCCUUCUUUUCUCCCAAGUUCAGAAAUGGCUUCCUCUUUCAAAGAACUGUGUCAAUUCCCUGGUGUCCAGGGCCAUUGUCUUCCAUGUUUCUUGUGGCAGGCGAGGCGCUUCACAAUCGAGAGAAGGAAGCUAGCCCAUCUCCCUUUUGGAACUUUUGACACUGUGGUUUGUCUAAGCAAAUCAUGUAAUUGGGCAGAAAAAGAUCAGCCGCUCAUAAAAUGAUGAUUCCCUAAACAGCAAUUAUCAGAAACUCAGGCUAAAACUGAGUAUGUCUACCAAGCCUCCGGUACUGGAUCUGUCCAGCAACAGCAAUGGCAGCAACGUAACUUGUUCAAAUAAUUGCACCUUACUUUGCCAAUCAAAGACACCAGGAUGAAAUAAAAAGGAAGCCAGCCAUCUUAAAGCCA